AUGCUACGCUGUUUUAUCAGCGAAAUAGAGGCGGUAGCUCCUAUCUAUCUAUCUAUCUAUCUAUCUAUCUAUCUAUCUAUGUUUUCUCUGUUUGAAUACGAACAAACAUCAGCCAGUCAUGAGGCAUCUAUCUAUCUAUCUACCUAUCUAUCUAUCUAUCUAUCUAUCUAUCUAUCUAUCUAUAUAUAUAUAUAUAUAGUUUAUGCAAAUUUAGGCAGCUGCUUAUACAUCACGCACACACACUCUCUUUUAUCUAUCUAUCUAUCUAUCUAUCUAUCUAUCUAUCUAUCUAUCUAUCUCAAUUCAGUUCAUCUAUCUAUCUAUCUAUCUAUCUAUCUAUCUAUCUAUCUAUCUCAGUCUGUUCAUAUCUAUCUAUCUAUCUAUCUAAUCUAUCUAUCUAUCUAUCUAUCUCAUCUAUCUAUCUAUCUAUCUAUUCAUCUAUCUAUCUAUCUAUCUAUCUCAAUCUGUUCAAAUCUAUCUAUCUAUCUAUCUUAUCUAUUUAUAUCAAUCUGUUCAAAUCUAUCUAUCUAUCUAUCUAUCUAUCUAUCUAUCUAUCUAUCUAUUCAAAUCUAUCUUAUCUAUCUCAUCUAUCUAUCUCAAUCUAUUCUAUCUAUCUAUCUAUCUAUCUAUCUAUCUCAAUCUGUUCAUAUCUAUCUAUCUAUCUCAAUCUAUUCAUAUCUAUCUAUCUAUCUAUCUAUCUAUCUAUCUAUCUAUCUUAGUCUGUUCAUAUCUAUCUAUCUAUCUAUCUAUCUAUUUCAAUCUGUUCAAAUCUAUCUAUCUGUCUAUCUAUCUGUUUUAUGCUUUUAUUUUUUUUUUUUCUUUCUUUUCUUUCUUUCUUUCUUUCUUUCUUUUUCUUUUUUACAUUUUAUGCUUUUUUUUUUUCAUUCAUUCAUUCUUUUCUUUCUUUCUUUCUUUCUUUUCUUUUUUUACAGUACUGAUUUUUUUUUAUGCUUUUUCAUUGCUUUUUCAUUUUCUUCUUUCUUUUUUUUUCUUUCUUUCUUUCUUUCUUUCUUUCUUUCUUUUUUUUCUUUACAAUUUAUGCUUUUAUUUUUUCAUUCAUUCAUUCAUUCUUUCUUUCUUUCUUUCUUUCUUUCUUUCUUUCUUUCUUUACAAUUUAUGCUUUUAUUUUUUUUCUCUUUCAUUCAUUCAUUUCAUUCAUUUUCUUUUUUUUCUUUCUUUCUUUUUCUUUUCUUUCUUUCUUUCUUUCUUUUUCUUUCUUUACAAUUUAUGCUUUUAUUUUUUCAUUCAUUCAUUCAUUCUUUCUUUCUUUCUUUCUUUCUUUCUUUCUUUCUUUCUUUUUUUCUUUUUCUGUUCUUUUUUCUUUUUUUUUUUUUCUUUUUAUUUUUUUUUUAUUCAUUCAUUCUUCAUUCUUUCUUUCUUUCUUUCUUUCUUUCUUUCUUUCUUUUCUUUUCUUUCUUUACAUUUUAUGCUUUUAUUUUUCAUUCAUUCAUUCAUUCUUUUUCUUUCUUUCUUUAUUUCUUUCUUUCUUUCUUUUUCUUUCUUUCUUUACAAUUUAUGCUUUUAUUUUUUCAUUCAUUCAUUCAUUCUUUCUUUCUUUCUUUCUUUCUUUCUUUCUUUCUUUCUUUCUUUCUUUCUUUCUUUCUUUACAUUUUAUGCUUUUAUUUUUUCAUUCAUUCAUUCAUUCUUUCUUUCUUUCUUUCUUUCUUUCUUUCUUUCUUUCUUUCUUUCUUUACAGUACUGAAUUUUUUUAGAUUUAUGCUUCUUUCUUUCUUUCUUUCUUUCUUUCUUUCUUUCUUUACAGUACUGAUCUUUUUUAGUUUUAUGCUUUUAUUUUUUCAUUCAUUCAUUCAUUCUUUCUUUCUUUCUUUCUUUCUUUCUUUCUUUCUUUCUUUCUUUACAUCUUUGUCGUUCUUUCUCUCAAUUUAUAACCGAAUUGGUCGACCAGUUGCCAUGGCUGCUCAUGCCGCAAAUUGCUGUCUUCCAAUUCCGCAGAGACGAGCUGACCUAAUCUAUGCAGCAAUUUCUCUUAUUAAUUCGCUUUCUUUAUUCAGUGAAAUUAACUCGAGAUUUGUAGUGAGCAUUUGA